UUGUCAAAUAGCAUGUACGAUUUAUGUUGAAUAUUUAACUACCAUGCAGCUUAUUUACAUACCUAGGAUGUCUCAAGGAUGAGAACAUGUCGCUAAGAAAUACAUUAACAUGUUUUUGUCUUUAUUUGUGCAUUAACAAUUCUUUGGGUAAGUGUCCUGCGUUACAACUCCUACCAAGGAACGCCGAGCGAAUUCUGUACGAACCAGGAGAUCGACAUGACCCUCUUUACCGUCCAUCAGACCAACAGCUUCGGGAAGGCUUUGAAGAGGGAUAUUUUGCAACUAUAGUAUGCCAAGAAAAUUACGAACUUGUUCCGAACCGUCCAAGGAAAUGUUUGGGAGAUAUUUGGAGUCAUAUUCUUAUUCAGAUUUGUUCCUCGAGAGGGUGCAGUCUUCAGAUUGUAAGCCAAGUGUGUCAGCCGGUUCGUUGCUACCACCCAGUACCAUGCAAUUACAGUAGCAUAUCACCUUCAAAGCAAUCCUACCAAGCAGGCGAGACUAUUACAUACGAUUGCGCAGGCGCACUAAAGGCGUUCCCCAGCGACUCACGAACAUGCCAGAUAGAUGGCUACUGGUCCGGACCUGACCCAAUAUGCGUCAAUGACGAUGAGUUUCAAAGGCGGACAGAUAUGAAAUGCCAUAAAUUGGAAGCACCAUUAUUCGGUGCUAUUAUUGGACCAUCUGAUCGGAACGAGGUCGGCGAUGCUAUUGAGUUUGAUUGUGACAAGACGUAUACGUUACUGGGCAGUCAUAGAAGAGUUUGUCUGGAUGGGACCCUCGAAUGGUCGGGGGAGCAACCCGAAUGUGUUCCCGGUCUUAAUAUAGAUUUACCAACUGGAACUAAUCUAACGGACUUAGAUAGGGUGAUACCGGAUGUCGAAGACUGCAGAUUCUUUUAUUACUACACCAAAGACGGCGACCUAUUUCAUAAAAUUUGCCCCGCUAAUCUGUUCUUUAAUCCGACACUAAAGCUUUGCGAUUAUCAGGAUAGAUCUGGAUGUGAAAACUAAAGACAAGACUGUAGGACAGAUUUUCGUCCUCACUUCGUGUUGAAAUCAUAAUUUAUUAAAAAACGAUGGAAUUAGAAAAUAUAAAUGAAGAACGGGCCCUAAACACAAAUCACCAAUAUCCCAGAAAUUGAUUGAAUGGAGAAAUACAACUUGUUCAGUGAAAUUGGACACAACAUCUCUCAAUGAAAAGAUGGAAAGGAGCGACAGUCAGUCUUAAAGGUUUGGUAAGAUUUGUGAGUUUUCGUCACAAAUGGAAAAAUCUGUAAAUAAAUGAAAGGCUGAUUUUUAACGUCAA